AUGCUGAGGGCCAGCGACGUGUGCCGUCAUGGGACGCGGCGCAUGGGGAUGGCCUCGGCACGCGGUGCAUCGACGUCGACAGGCAUGCUGCGUGUGAGGCCACGACGGCACGAUGGGGUGUGGCGGUGUGUGGCGUUCGUGAGGCAGGUGCAGUCGUGGGCGGGGCACGAGCCGCGGGGUGUGGCGGAGGCGCUCGUGCGGGCGGGGCAUGCGCGCCAUCUCACGCGCGAGAUGGCGCGGGAGAUUUGCGAGAACUCGAUGGCGCAUCUGGACGUCAAGGCCUUUGUGCAUAUGACGAUGGAGGCGCGCAUGUCGUGGCACCGCCGUGACAUGCUGCUGUGUGAGAUGGUGCGGGCGCUGCUGGCCACGGACAAGAUGAGGGUGUCGACGCUGCUGUAUAUCUUGCGUGCAUCGCAUGCGAAGUAUGUGCCGCGCACGCGGGAUGUGCUGCACGCGUUUCUGCAGGAUCAGGGUGACACGUCGGCGCAUACUCGGCAGCUGUGGCGAGCGGUGCUGCGGUCGCACCGCGUCGCGAGUGAGUGGCACAAGGUAGACGAUGGGCUGCGAACGAGCGUGGCCAAGGAGGAUGCGAGUGAGCUGGAUGUAUAUCACUAUACCCUACAUCGACUGCGCUUCGAGUCGCAGGACAAUGACAAGUACGUCAAGGCCGACGACGUGCUGGUCCACAUGCGUCAGAGCGGCACGAAGCUGGACGACAGGACGCUGGUGCAGCUGCUGCACAUUCUCAUGAUACCCGUGUACCGGGCGUACCGGACACACCAGCGGCCGCGCGUGGUGAUGGACGCCGUGCGACCCGCGCGGCGAGCGAUGCAAGCCACGUUUCGGUGGCUGCGUGGCGACGGUGCGAGUCCCACGCGGCUGGGGCGCUACCGCUUAUCGGCGGCCGAGAUCCUGGAGUUUGAGCUGUUUUUCGCGUACGUGCAGCACAUGUGUCAGCGCCGCUACCUGUUUGCGCCGCCCGCCGAGCGAUGUGGUAUGGUCCCGGCGGAGCACCUCGCACCGCUGCAUGCGAAGCUCGAUGUGCUGUGCCGCGCGUGGGGAGAGCGCGACGUGCGUGUGAAGCGACUGCGCAUCAUGCUGCAUGCGUCGGGCGGGGCAUGGGCGCGCGCCUGCCGCGACCUCGAGGCAUGGCUGGCGGACGAUGCGUCGCAGGACGCCGCGUUUGAGCAGCGGCGCCUGAUUGUGACCAUGUUUGGCUAUGCGUGCAAGCACACGCGAUACGAACGGCUGGAGAGCAUGGCCGAGCUGCUGCGCAUCAGCGCGCGCUGCCACCUGUGGCGCGACGGCGCGUCGCCUGCGCCAGGCGCGACGCUCGUGCGGCUGUGGCUGCGCUUCGUGGUCGCAUGGACGAAGUGCGUCGGUGUGAACUGCGGCCAUGCGCGGCGCGCGCACAUGGCGCGCAGCCGCUAUGGCUGGGAGCUCAUGUCCCGUGCGCUGCCGCAUCUGACGGCGAUGGCGCGCUGCAUCCAGAUCCCCUGUGCGCGCGUGUGGGAUCAUCCGGAGCGGUGCCGCUCGCUUGUGCGCGCCGGCCGCCUAGCCGGCGGGGAUCUGAGCGUCGUAGAUGCGUGCCUCGAUGCGAUCGAGGCGCCGCCGCGCAUACGUCGCUGGGCGCACCGCGCGGCGUGCCGGUACGAGGCCGAGGCGCCCUCGUCGUGGGCGCGUCGCGUGGGUCGCCGGCGGCCUAUAGAUUAG